ACCAGACCAGGAAGCCUUGCAGUAAGAUAGCGCAUGCAGCAAUAUUAAGUCAGCGAUAAAUUAAUAUAGAUAUUAUUACAUUAUCCAGCUUGUCAGGCGUAUUCGUUGCAACUCUGACUAGUUGUUAUUGACAAAUUAUGUUUGUUAGCAUGGUGUUCUUAUUUAUAAUUUGACCUCCAGCAACGCCGCGUUUGACGUUUGUAUCUUGAACUUAUUUCAAGAUGCAAGAAUUAGUAUUACUAUUAUUACUAUCUUAAAAAACCGUGACCAUUUUACUGAACCAACUUAAUACUGUUAUAUAUACAUAUCUAUAUAUCCAACGUUUGAAAAUGAACAAUGUGGAAGAAACUUGUUGUGUUGUCACAGUGUGCGAGAAGCCACUCAACCUCACACCUGGAUCUCAGAAUAAAGAAUUGAGCUGUAGUGGAGUGUUUCUGAAUUACCAGGCUGGGAUUGUAGUCUGUAGUGGCAUUUUGUUCUCACGCUUUAUAAGUGACAGACAGUGCAUGGAGAAAAAGGCGAAAAUUUUACAUUCUGAAAGUUUCACUAAAGAGAUAAAAAUUCAUUUAGAUUACAUUCACCUUUGCGCCAACCAAUCGUGUGCAACGGAGAGACGCAAUACGAGCCGUCAAGAGGCUCAACUCUUAAUGAUGAUCAAUUGUGUGGAGUUUCAAGAUGCAUUUCAGAAGAUCUUCAAAGGGGCUGAUAACUGGGGCUUUUGUAGUGGCACAUUGGAUACAGAAGUUCUAGAAGACUCCAGGUUUUUAAGUUGGUUUGCACUUUUAAAAGUGCCCACUUCAUCCUCAUGCACCUGUAAGGAAACUAUUCCAUGGGUGAACAGUGGCAGUCUUAAAAAGGGAUGUCAUGUCAUUGCAUGUGGGUCUCCUUUCGGUGCUCUCUGUCCAGACCUCUUCAUGAACACAAUCAGUAAAGGUAUAGUUAGUAAUCUGGCAGGAGAUGAGAAUGCCCUGAUCCUGACUGAUGCCCGCUGCUUGCCUGGCACCGAAGGAGGUGGUGUGUUUGUUAGCAAAGGAAACAGAUCUUACCUUGUGGGUUUGAUCGUUUCACCACUGUGCUGGAAAUCAGAUGAGUGGAUUGGGCUGACACUUGUGUGCUCGGUUCACCUGAUUCUGAAAAACAUACGACAGGCUGGUGCCAUCCAGGAGUCGCUGAUAGAUAAGUCAUCUCAGUUCAUUACUGGCUCUCUUCAAGCUCCAUUAACUGCAAACCGAAAGCCAGGUGCUGAAUUUUACCCUGGAGUGGUGCUGAUUGAGAGCGGCCAUCUGUGGGGUUCUGGUGUGCGGCUAAACCAGAAUCUGGUUCUGACCUGCAGACAUGUGGUGAAUGAAAAAUCUGUGCUUACAGUCAGAGUCAACUUCAGAGAAAGAUUUCAUGCAGUAAGUGGUAAGGUGCUGUAUUCAUCAGCACCAUCAUCUCCCUAUGAUAUCGCUGUAGUGGAGCUUCAGGAGCCUCUUGCCGACUCAGUAAAAACACAGUUUACCACAUACUUUCACCCAGGUGAGGAUGUGCUUGUUGUGGGUUAUGGAGCUUUAGGGAGCAGCUGUGGCCCUUCAUUGACCUCAGGGAUCUUAUCCAGAGUUAUUACCCAUCAGUCACGGCCUGUGAUGCUGCAGACUACUUGUGCAGUGCAGUCUGGAGCCAGUGGUGGUGCUGUGGUUCGCUCUGCCACUGGGGAAUUGCUAGGUAUCGUGUCCAGUAACACAAGAGACUUUACAGCAAAAGUGACAUAUCCCCACCUGAACUUCAGCAUCCCAGUGACUAUUCUGGAGCCGCUGCUGAGACGUUUUGCUCAAACGGGAGAUGCUGCUGUGUUUAAGGUCUUAGACAGUGCAGAGGAUGAUGUCAGGAAGAUUUGGAGACUACAAAGCCAUCAGAGCAAGCUUUAAUCAGUCUCCAACAUUUCAAAAUUCUUUUAACUUGACUAUUUAAGAUCACACAAAAAAUCCUGCUUAUAUUCCUGCAUCCCUGAAUUUUUUUUUUUUUUUUUUUUUUUUUUAAUCAGAUACAAGCAAGUGAACAUAAUGAUUGGUCAAGCAAAACAUUGUUCUUUUCAGCACUAUGUAUCAUGUCAUAUAUAUAUAUCUACAUUUAUAAUGAUUUAGGAUUAAAAAAUACAUUUAUCAUACAUUAUAACUAAAUAAAACCAACUGAGUAAAAAAUGUUUUCAGUCCUGGUUUCUAAUUCUAAUUUUUGAACGUUUGCUGCACUGGAUCACUAAUAUGUGAAUAUGUGCCAACACUAAAACAAUGCAGUGUUAUAGAAGAGCUUCAUCAUACGCUUUUUUGUAAUAUAGUUAAGAAACCAGGGAUGAAAACCUAAAAUGGUUAGAAACCAAGGCUGAAAACUGUUUUCUAACUAUUUUAGAUUGAUGCCAAGCAAGCUACACUGGAUUGUGUCAAUAAUGAAUCAAUGCAGUAUUAUAAUAGAGUAUUCUUCUUAAUCCUCUUCGUCCAUAAUAGCAGUAUAUUGAGUAUAAUAAUAGAGUAUAAUAGCAGAUAAUUAUAAUUUCAUCAUGCACAUUUUUCUUCUUAAUGUUAAAUGCGUUUUAAUUUU